CCUUGUUCAACCACACAACUCUCCGUUAUUUUCACUUUUUGUCACCCAACGUAAUGAAUGACCAUUAGUUAUACAGUAUUCGCUCUCCAACCACCUCUUGCUAGUCCCUGAGUGCGCCAAACUCAUUGUUCGUUGUUUCGUGACCGGGAGGGAGCAUAAAUGCUUUAGUGCACAAUGUCAACCUUCAAUGGCCUUGUGGCCGAGUUUCCCGAUAUCAGAGUCGACUUCUUCCGCUUACACCCAGAGGUUCGCCCUCCUCUAGCCUGUUUCUUGAGCCACAUUCACAGCGACCAUCUCGCUGGUUUAGAGUCUCUUCGGUCACCAUUCGUUUACUGCUCGGCCGCGACUAAGGAGAUGCUCCUGCGCCUUGAGAGGUAUCCUUGCCGCAUCAACUAUGCCAGCGGCAUCUUAGAGGCUCGCGUCCAGAGAUAUCGCCAUCUCAAGAACUUACUCAAACCAAUACCCCUGGAGACCCCUACACUCCUCGAACUCGAACCUGGAAACCACAUUCAGGUCACCCUGUUCGAUGCAAACCAUUGCCCCGGCGCCGUGAUGUUCCUAUUCGAGGGCCAAGGCAAAGCCGUACUGUACACGGGGGAUAUCAGGAGCGAGGCUUGGUUUGUCAAUGCAGUUGCAAGGUCGCCGUCUCUGAUCGAGUAUUCCUCUGGUCUUAAGACACUCGACACGGUUUACCUCGAUACGUCCUUCACUGGCGACAUCAAAUUCCCUACUAAGGCCGAGGGAAUAAGCGAGCUCCUCCAGAAGGUCUCCAAGUAUCCUGCCGAUACCAUCUUCCAUUUCCAAGCCUGGACGUAUGGGUACGAAGAAGUCUGGAUUGCUCUCUCAAAAGCGUUAAAGUCCAAGAUCCACGUCGAUGGAUACAAAAUGCUCAUGUUUCGCUCUCUCAUGACCACGCACUCCGGCAGCAAGUUCGCGCCCUCCUCACACCUUACACCAGAGGCUCCUGCAUUGGUAGGUUUUAUGUGCGGUAACACCCACCAUCCCGGCUGCCUGACCGGCGACGAGACCGUCAAGCUUCACAGCUGCGAAAAGGGGAACUAUUGUGCUACGGUGAAGAACUCCCCCGUGGUAUGGAUUCGACCCAUCAUCACGCGCCUUCCCAGCGGCCAAGAUGUCGCCGAAAUCGGCGUUGGAGGAGGGGGAGACGAUCUGGAGAGGGAAGCGGAGCUGGAUUAUCUCUCCCCGGACGACGUUGCGUCGCUCCUUGAAGCUCUCGACGAUGUUGAUCAUAUCUCUGAUGACCUGCGGGAACAGCUCAGUGAGUUCCUACUCAGCACUAUCGUCAACGGCCGGAAGGUCCCACUUGACCUGGAGAGAGCUGCCUUCCGGGAGAACAACGAGACAGACCUUGUCAACGGCCUGCAUGGACUGACUAGCAAACUCGGAUUGCGCGAACGGCCUUUGAGGAACAAUGCUGAAGUGCUCCCAAACGUUGUCACUUUCCCGUAUUCUCGCCAUGCGUCCUACCCGGAGCUUUGCCACCUUGUCGAGACGUUCAAACCGCGAGACGUAUGGCCAUGCACCGUCGACGUCCGUCGAUGGCUACGUGAAGGCAUCACAAUCGCGCGACUGUUCUCGCCGUAUUGCUCAGGAGUCACAUUUCGGCACGACAACACCAUGAAAGGGCGGUUCGGACACCACGCCAAUACAAUCAUCAGCCUUGAGGGUCAGGCUACCGUUUCCUCGGCCAGCAAUGCUGCCCAUCUCUCGCAGAUUUCCGCGAAUGAGCCUAUGCCGGGCCACCACAGCCAGUUGCUAGAAUCGUCAGACCGAUAUUUCCAUCUACAGUCGGCCGCCAGUCCGGAAUUGGGUGUUCAAGCCAUCGAAGUUGGGGUACAUGAGCCUCAACCCUGGGAUAUCGAGAUGGCCGAACCUAUCGAUGAUGAGCCUGCGACUCUCGACAACUUUAAUCCAUCAGCCCUUAUAGAUUCGCAAGACUCAGCCAUUUCGGAAUUGGCCUUCGAAACCCGUUUGCAGGCCUUCCAAGCAGUUCUCGACAAAGCCAAGGGCAAAACCGGAAGGGAAAUAGGCUUGAUAUCGACAACGGACAAUCAUUCCAAGUUGGAAGAAGAGCUUAGUUAACCAAUGCCCUAGACGUCAAGCUUUGUCAAGAAUCAUGGAUUGACCAACUUCAUGACGAGCUUCAACUGGUCUCGAGUUGGGACAGUCGACAUUGGAGACCCAUUCCAGAUUUUACCCCUUUAAAGCUGGUCACAACUCCGCUGCCGACUUGAUCAACACCACAACCUCUCGGGCAUUCAACUGCCGAUCCCCGCAAUGACUCCGGGGUAUGGGAGCAUGGACCUCGGUCGAGCUGCGAAUACAACCUCCACCGGCCCGAAACCAUAAUUAUUCCACAAAUCCGCCGCCAGGCCGGUUCCGCCAAGGGUGGUGAAGUUGGGUCAUCAUCACCAUGCUCGGCUCCAGACAGACACAUCAAGAUGUU